AUCUCUUUUUCCUCUCACCUUUUCCCACUCUUUUCCCUUCACCUUUCCCCCUCAUUCCCUCCCAGGCUCUCCUGUGUGGAGGCAGCACAGGCGGCUCCUCGCUCCAGCACCACCAUGGACUGGUUCCACUGCUGUCGCUGCUUCCGCCAGGAUGGUGCCCACUUCGCCAUCACCAGCUGCGGCCACAUCCUGUGCGAGGGCUGUGGGGGCUCAGGUCCCUGCCCAGUCUGUGGCACCGCCUGCCGCUACCUGCCCAUAUCUAAUCAGAUGCGCCCAGAAGAGAAGGUUUUCUUCAAGAACCCAGUGGCCCUCGCCCUCAAGCACCUUGCCCACAUCACGCAGGUGUGGCAGUUCCAGACGGCACAGGCACAACUUCUGGUGGACUUGCACCGGGGACAGCUCGGCGGGGUGCAGGCAGAGCUGGACAAGGCCAGAGAGGAGCUGGGGAAGAGGAGGAGGGAGCUGGAGUCACUUCGCCGGGAGAAUGAGGAGCUGCGCCGCAUGCAGGUGGCCCCAGGCUGGCACUGGAGCAGCCACAGCAGCACUCCCCAUCCCUCCCCCCACACAUCAGUCACCCCCCAGCCCCGCCGGCAGCUCAGCAGUCAAGUGGUCAGCCGCUUGGCCCCACUGGAGCCCCCCCAGUCCCACAGCACCCCAGGAUGGCAGGCUGGAGUAGCCUACAGAAAUUCAGGGACCUCCAGCGUAGUGCCCCCCUUGGCUGGGACAAGCGAGGUACAGAGCUCUGCUCUGCGGCUGGCGAGGGGCGGGCGCUCCCAGUGGGAUCUCAACCCACGGCCAUAAAGGACAAACAGAGAUCUCUGACGGGAUCCGAGGCUCCUGAACAGGAGCUCCGGGGCUUCCCUGGAUGUUAUACCUGGAAAUAACUGGGGG